CUCGUGCACCUCUCCCUUUGUCAAGUAUCAAGUUUAAACAGGCAAACUUUGGAAGUCCCCACCCCUACCAAACACUCAUACACACAUGCACAUGCUUGUACAAUAUCAGUCAAGAUCUACAUGAAGGAGGACGGCAGCAUAACAACUUAAGAACUCUGGGAUGGACAUUCUUACACAGGUGCUUUCACUGAGGAUUUGAGGAGCAAGCACACACACUGAACCAAACACACUUUCGCAGCAGGGGAUCAACAAUGUAAGGGUGUUUCCUGGCUGCUGACACUACGGACAGAGACUGUUCUAUGUGGGAGCCGUGAGAAGUGCGUCUCGCACUAUUUCUCCUCAGAGGGAGCGUCGAGGAACCAGCUCCAGCUUGUCAAAACCCUAUCAGCCUCUGGCUUCCUGUGGGGAAUCCCUCUCUCCAUAUCUCCCUCCAUCUGCCCUAUCCCUCUCUACAGUCCCCAGCAGCUGCUAUGGACCUGACUCUGUGGCAGUACCAGUUCAGGAUCAUCAUGUUAGGGGACUCGACAGUGGGCAAGUCGUCCCUGCUGAAGCGUUACACGGAGGAGAUGUUUCUGGACUGCGUCAACCAGACGGUAGGGGUGGACUUCUACGUGCACUUCCUGGAAGUGGAGCCUGGCGUUAGGGUCAAACUGCAGUUCUGGGACACAGCAGGCCAGGAAAGGUUCAGGUCAGUGACUCGGUCCUACUUCCGUAACUCAGUGGGGGGCCUGCUGGUGUUUGACCUGACUAACCGUGCCUCCUUUGAGCAUGUGCAGGAGUGGCACGCAGAGGUGUGUCAACAUGUGCAACCCCACACGGUGCUGUUUGUACUUGUGGGCCACAAGAAUGACCGGGUGGCCCAGGGAGAGCGGGUGGUGGGCCAUAACGAGGCUGAGAAACUGGCAGGCCAGCUGGGGAUGCCCUACAUCGAGGCGUCGGCUAAGACUGGUCAGUGCGUGACGGAGGCUUUCGAGCUGCUGACCCGCCGGGUGUACCAGGGCCUGCUGAGUGGGGAGGUGCAGCUACAAGAGGGCUGGGAUGGGGUGAAGUGCUUGGCUCCACGUGCAACCUUAGUACAGCUAAACAAUCCCAAAAACAACAUAUCCAACAACAGAAGGUGCUGUUCCUGAGUUGGGUCUUUGGACUUGUGCUGUAUUGUCAUGUAUGCCAUGUCACAAUGCCUCUCUUGAAAAACUGACUGCCAUCUUGGAUAAAAGAUCAUAAAAUAAUCUUGACUUGAGGCUCUUCACCGGAUGAGAAUAAGUUUUACAAGAUGGGCAUUACCUAUUGUGACAAUUUGUCAGAACAUGGAAAUAGACAUAACACAUGUAAAAUACUUGCAAGUGUGUGUACAGGGACUUUUCUGAAGGAGGUCAUUAGUUUGUCCUCCAGAAUCGAGAAACAAAUACAGUGGUAUUACAGUUACGGAAAUCUAGUCAAAUCACUUUACCCUGAAUAGUGAUGUAAUCCAUUUAUGUUGAAAGUGAACUCCGAAAUACUCAUGUUCUUUCUCAUUUGUUGGAACCUUGACUUAACAGUGAAAUAAACACACAAAUCAAAUGCCAAGUGAAAUAUGAAUCUUGUUUUAUUUAUGGAAUAAAAAGAACAGGUUUAACUAAAACACUGCCAUAUAAAGUAAAAUAAAUGUUACUGCUUCCCUACACAUCCCCAAAUAAGGACCAUUACCCAACCCCAUCUCACUGCAGUCUGG